UCGUAAACGGAAGUUUGUUGAGUGUAUUCGAAACAAAAAUGGUCGCUUUGGAACUCUAAACAAGUUAACGUCGUCUUUCUUGAUGUAUUGCAAUCAAGAUAGAAACUGGUAAUGUGAAAACAGACGCGAGUGAUAUAAAGGUAUAAUUUGAGGAAGGCUGAGGUGUAAUUAGAAGAGAAUGUUGAGUCAGAUUUUAAGAUUCGCAGUCCAAUCUGCGUUCCCAGAGACGAAAUUUUACGACGAUGAUGAUUGUGACUACGAAGAGGUGGAGGAAGUAUUGUACUGUAAAAACAAUGUCUGUGUUCAUCCUUCCACUGGAAAAGACAAAGAAACUGCUGGCUAUUUCACAAUCAAGUCUAGAACACGAAAAAGUGGCCACAUUCGGUUGAUUGUCAGUUGGACGCCAAACUCACACUUCAAAGAUGAUCCUCCACCGAAAAUGAUAUCUGAAUCGACAAAGAAAUCAAAACUGCUCAUUUCCGAUCCAUCAAAAUACGACACUCUGGAGUUCUUCAGCGUAGACUUAAGCGAGAUGAAAAUUAUGAAACUGUUCUAUGAAGAAGAUGAGCCGAAUUCUGGGCAAUUUGUAAUUGGGAAUUAUGAAAACCAUUACAAGGUUUUUAAUUUCAAUUAUGGCGGAUUGAAUAGGGUCACCCAAAUACUAGAGGACUGGCCGUGGUGCGUUGGUGAGAGGAGAUCGCAAGAAGAGGUUCGGAAGAGGUGUUUUGUUGUGAUUUCUAAGACUCAGGUUCGUGACGAUUGUUAUGUAGAGGAAGGGAGAUAUGACCCUAUGUCAGCGGAGACUUGGAAAACUUUUCUUAAUUCAAGUGGGCAAAUUGAAGAUGUGGCAAACUUUAGGAGGGCUGUUUUUUUUGGUGGGUUGAGUCCUGAGGUCAGAAAGGAUGCUUGGAAGUUUCUACUGGGAUAUUUUACAUAUAGUUCCACUUCUCAAGAAAGAGCUGACAUGAGAAAGGAAAAGGAAGCAAUAUAUCUUAAAGCUCAAAAUAUCAGAUUGAGCAUGACUGAUGAGGAAUAUGUGCAGUUUUGGAAGGUUGUGCAGUGCACUGUUGACAAGGAUGUGCCGAGGACCGACAGAUCACACCCUUACUUCGCUGGUGAAGGAAAUCCCAACAUUGAAGUCAUGAGGAGCAUCUUGCUCAACUAUGCGAUCCACAACCCAGAGAUCGGUUACAGCCAGGGAAUGUCAGACUUACUAUCGCCAGUCCUUGCUGCUCUACAGGACGAGGUAGACGCCUUCUGGUGUUUUGCCGCACUGAUGGAGGCCAGUGUGUUUGUGACAUCACCCAAAGAUGAUGCCAUGGAUAAACAGCUGGCCUACCUCAGAGAGCUGGUGCGUAUGAUGCAGCCAAAGUUCUACGCUCAUCUUUUGAUUGAAGAUGACGGACUGGACAUGUUAUUCUGCCAUCGUUGGCUUCUGCUCUGCUUCAAAAGAGAGUUUUAUGAUGAACAGGUGCUGCUAAUGUGGGAGGCAUGCUGGUCUCGCUACCAGACUGACUACUUCCACCUCUUCCUCUGUGUCGCCAUCAUGCAAGAGUAUGGAUCCGAGGUCCUUGACUGGGACAUGCAGAUGGACGAGAUGCUGCACUUCUUCACUGAUCUAUCCAUGAAGAUGGAUGGAAAUAAAGUGCUGAGGACUGCACGACAACUUCUCCUGAAGUUCCGCAAACUCCCUUUUAUACCGUGCUCACUUCGUGGCUUGCUCUCAGGGCCAGGGAUAUGGGACAGCGCACCGUUGCCGAAGAUUGAGUGCCAUUGCCAUGGUGAUUGUUACCAUGGUGAUGGUACGGUGGUCGUUAGUGGAGUUCAAGAAAAAGAGUGUUGUGCGGAGGAUAUUGGGUUUGAGGUCGUUCCCGGUGAAGAGCUGGGAAGUGAUGAUCAGGUGUUCCCAAGGCAUGAUAAUGAAAACUUGGUUUCCAAAACAAUAACUAACAAGGAAAACGAUCAAAAUGAAAGCUGCUCCCCAGAAAAGGAUGAGCGUGAAGCUGAUAAAAAUUGUGAGGAAGGGAGCAAUGACGACAUUGAAAAUCGGGGUGAUAUAGUCGAGAGAACAAUAAGUUGCACUGAAGACAUUCAAAAGGACCAGAUUGAGAUAAGUUAUCAGGAAAAGUACGAGAAAGAACUUUCCGAGAAAAAUACAGCUAUCGAAUCAUCAGUUUUAGAGGAACAGGGAUUAAGCGAGGGCUCUUCCAUUACGUUGGAGAUUGAAACAGUCAGCAGUAAGAGUAAUAAAGACAGUGUUUCCCAGAAGGGGGUUGAGAAUUCCGAGAAAGAUGCUUCCAAUUCCCAUAAUGAUGAUGCGAUUUCCAGGGAAGACGCUUUGAAUUCCGGGAAUGGCGAUGUAAUUUCUGAGAAUACUUCUAAAGAGCCGCUGCCUUCGAUACCAGAUGAGGUUUUAGAAGAAUUCCAAUGUAAAAGAGACGGAGGUUUGGAUGAAAAAGAAGUUUCGAGUACGGAAAAUGAUUUAAUGGUAGAAAAAACACAAGAAGUUGAGGCUCAAGAAUCGUCAAGCUUCAAGAAGACGGAAGAAUAUGCACUUGAGGAAAAGCCCGACGAUCACACAAAUUACAAAAAAACAACAAAGAGAUAAUUUAAUUCUAGUUAGGUUCAAAUUAAGGGGGAGGUAGGUAAUUAAUAUUGAACAUUUUGACGGCUUCAGAAGCUCACCCAAAUAAAUAAAGGGAUGGGGAUGGAAUAAAAUACUUAAUACAAAGAAGGUUUCAGUAAAA